AGCCCAGCAUGGAUUCUCCCGGGGUUAUGGGUGCAGGCUUCCUGUCUUCCUCCACUGAGCCUGAUCAUCUGGUCCCAGUGAAGAAGUUUUAUCAGGGUGAACCUGUGGCCCUGGGGAUCUCACAGAUAAUCUUAGGAAUCACUGGAAUAGCUUUUGCGAGUCUGGUCAACGCAAUUGAUGAUUCGGUCUUCCUUACAAAGAUACCCUAUUGGGGUGGAAUCUUGUACGUUAUUUCUGGAUCCUUAGCUGUGGCAGCUGCUCGGAAUCCAAAGAUCCCUCUGGUGAAAGGCAUGCUGGCAAUGAAUGUGAUAAGUAGCAUUGCAGCUGGCAUUGGCAUCAUAUGCUUGUUUGUAACCCUCAGCUACAACUUAGUAUUCUAUGUCAGGCAUCUUUGCAAUCAUGAUGAUACUGAAGCUAAGGAAAAAUGUUACGAAACUAUGAUGUCCUCUUUUAACAUCUUGAAUGGAAUAAUAAUUAUUCUUACUGUGUUCACCUUCCUGGAGUUUUGCAUCACCAUCUCCAUUGCAUCUUUUGGAUGUAAGAUGCUUUGCCGAAAUGCCUUCCCUGAAACGGUUGUAAUCAUUUAUCAGAAUGAGACUCCUGCCAGUGCAGAACACUCACCUGUUGACUGCAAACAGUCAGAAUCCACCUGA